GCCGAGCGGGCAGCAGGCCGCCACUAGUCAUCACCUCAUCCAUCAGCACGAAGGCGUCAGCAACAAGCUUCAUCGGAGCCCACUCAGACGGCAAGAUGUAUCGCUGAAGCAACGUCCGUGCGUCGGCUCUCGUCUACGAUAACGAAUUCGGACCGUCGAACCAGCGGCUUUCUCUCACAUUUGGUUGGAUGUCAAGAAUCAUAUGAAUACCAUGGGCUGAUAUAAAAGAUUACUGUCAGUAUAGAUCGAGAGAAAUUGCGCACUCGCAGGGCACUCAGCACGCAAUUGACGCUAGUAGCAUGUCACCACCCGUACAGCCUGGCUGCCCAUCGAAGGAUCACUGGAAGUCAUGAAGGCCCCGAGCGUCGAUGUCUUUUAUACCCUUGGGUUGAGCCGUUCCAUAGUUACCUCAAUCUUCAGCAAUUUGCUUCUAUCCACGGAUAACCAACGGCAGCGAUACCAUGGCUCUUUGGGUGUUACCUAGACUCAACUCACGGCUGGGAACAUUGCGGGCGUAUCACUUAGCCGCCAUCGUCUUCGUCUCCUCUUUCCUGUCGGGUUAUGACUCCGGUAUCGCGGGCGGAAUUCUCAGCUACAGUACCUUCGAGAAAGAUUUUCGCUACACCAGCGGCCAGGAGUCUAAGGUCUCUUCCUUAACCGUGGGUCUUGAACAGCUUGGGUCUUUUGUCGCAUCUUUGGUUGCCUACUAUCUCACCGAUAAAUUCGGGCGCAAAUAUGUCAUCAUCGGCUCAACUGCUGUGUUUUGCAUCGGAGUGAUCAUCCAGGUUAUCAAUACCCACUCGCUUGGCGCCUGGUACACGGCUCGAAUAAUUGCUGGUAUUGGAAUGGGUGGUCAGAGUGUUGUCGUCCCAAUGUACUCCGCUGAGAUGACGCCGAAGGAAAUCCGAGGACGUUGUGGUUCUUUCUAUCAAUGGCUAUACACAUGGGGUAUUCUCGCAGCUUACUGGAUUGACUACGGUGUCGCCGAAAGUGCCUCGAUUUCGAAAACUUCACGAGAAUGGCAAAUUCCUGUGGGUCUACAACUUGUGUCUGGAGGAAUCAUGGUCAUCGGGGCAUUCACACUUCCCGAAUCCGUCCGUUGGCUAUUGAGCCAGAACAGGACCGACGAAGCUUGGAAAUCACUGACCUGGAUCCGCGGUGAUGAGGGAGAAAAAACCAUUGAGGAAUUUCGUGAAACACAACUCGGCCUGAAGGCUGAAAGUGCCGCCAAGGAAAACUUUUCUCUUCGCGAACUGUGGGAGCCAGCUAACCGUCUGCGUUUCUUCGUUGGGCCCAUGCUUUUUGUCUUCCAAAAUGCGACAGGAAGUAGUGCUCUGGCUGUCUUUGCACCAGAAUACUUCAAGCUCCUUGUUGGCAGCGGUGGCAAUCGCGAUCUUUUGCUUACCGGUCUCUUCGGCGCCGUGAAAUUCAUCGCUUGCACUUUCUUCAUCCUAUUCCUUGCGGAACGAUUCGGACGUCGGAUGUUGCUUACCGGAGGAUCAGCCCUCAUGGCUAUCUGUAUGUUGAUCACUGCAUUGAUUGUCAAGUGUAUUCCGACCGAGUCGAAUACGUCGGUCACAGCUGCCGGUCGAGCCACCGUCGCCAUGCUCUAUCUAGACAUUAUGGUAUACAACUGCUCAUGGGGCCCGGUUCCCUGGGCCUAUGUGCCCGAGAUCUUUCCUACGCGCAUCAGAGCCCUGGGCCUCGCAUGCAGCAUGCUAGCUCAUUGGGCCACUUCGUUCUGCUUCUCCUUCGCCAGUCCUUACAUGAUCGAUAAUAUUGGGGCCAACACCUUCCUUCUAUUCAUGGCAUUCGACAUCACCGCUACAAUCUUCUGUUUCAUUUUUGUGCGGGAAACACGCGGUCAGAACUUGGAGAUUGCUGCCGGAACUGAAUGGGAUGUGGUGGAGAAGAGCGCUGAUGGCUUGGCCUCGGCCAGCGAGAAGGGCGAACUCGACACCGGUGAGCCUGGAAAUACCAGGAUUUCCCUGGCACCUGGGGCUGGCAAGCAGCUGGAGGUUGUUGCGGUGCAUGACACCUACGGGUUGAACUUUAAGCGUCGGUCGUGAAGACAGCGAACUAGUAUAGUAAUUGUUGGUUGGGUAUAAGGCGCCAUAGAGGGUACCACGCAUAAUGUAUGGUGGAAUUGGGGGCACUAAUAGCCUGCAAUAUACUCCUUAAUCAG